AUGGAAACGCCGGGUAGUUCUCGGGCUUCAUCGCCACCUCGAGUGGCGUCGAUGGGAGUGCAUAUUCCCGGACCGACAACAAGCACCAAUCCCGACGCUGCCGCCAACACUGCGCCCUUUGCCCUUGCCCGGUUCGAGUUCGAGGCAGGCAAGGGUAAUGAGGGCACCAAAGUCUUGAUGGUAGAAUGGGAUCCCUCGAUAUCUCCUUCUUCCUCCUCGCCGGCAUCCGAACUCUCACCACCGCCAGCCAAGGCAUGGGAGGUUUCGUGGGAUGGCAAGACAAACCAUCUUCUAGCAAGUAACGAUGUCAAAGGAACGCAUAAACGGGCGUACUUCCUACUUCCACCAGGUGCCAAUGUUCCUCCCACCGUUUCCAUUGUUCAUCCUGACGGUACAUCCCUCACCAUCAAACCCCUUCCUGCCAUCUUCCCGCCAAGCCUGGUUGCCAGUGAAUUAGAUACUGGAACACGCGGGGUUCUUCACACCAUCUGGGCCAAGGAGAGACUUCGUGAACUUCAAGAAGAGAUCGAUGCCGAGAAGAUGACAAAUACCGAAAGCGUCGGCUUAGAAAUGGUGCUCCAGGAGCAGCAAUGGGUUGUCGAUCACUUCGGUAUUGUUCCAAAACCCAACAACAUCGUCGAAGGCCGGACGAUGUCUGCCUCAGAAACUCUACUGAGUCCCAUCUCUCCUCAACCCCUGACCGGUAGCCGACUGGGAGAGAAGCUGAAGGGGCUGAAGCUCGCGACUUCUGCAACAGAUUUAAUUGCUGGUUCGGCUGACAAGAACACGCAUCUUCAGCCGGUGUCUUUCUCGCCCGUCCCCAAUGACAUAGCCGUUCACUCCUUCUCGCACCCUGCUCGGGAGACGACUACUGGUAACCUGUCCCUAGGAGCUUCGGCAUCGUUAGACGCCAUGCUCGCAGGGGUUGAUCUUCAUCCGAGACAGCAAGAACAGGACCAGGAGGAGGAACUUUUUGCACUCCCGAUGAGCCCUCGCAGUCCUGAGAUGAAAAAGAGUCCCUUCAGCUUCGCCUGA